GUGUAUGAUUUUAGCGCGAAUGCGAGUGUGGUUAUCAUUUGUUAUUUAAGUCACAUUUAUGCUAAAAUAUGUUUUUGCAAAGUUUGAUAUUUUUGUGUCAGCAAGUACAUAACACUACAUGAUGAUGUAAAAUCAUGCUACACAAAAGAUGAGAUUCAGAAUUCGUCCCUACCAAAACGAAAGAUUUGUACUGGUGGUGUUGUGAGAUGAGUCUGGUGAUUGUGAUAGGAGGUGAUGUGGACCGCCCCAAGCCACUGAACCAACCGCUCCAGCAAUUGCCGGCCCUCGCCCAAAACUCAUCAGGAUUACGGGUCCAAUGUCCCUUGGUUCGGUUAUACAUUCAAUGAUUCAUUGCUGAUGGUCAGUUCAGUUGGCUAAUUACAACUAAGGGUAUAAAGUAAAGCAAAAAUGAGGGGAUUGGUUAUGUAAAGAUUUAGUUUUGGCAGUUGUUGUCUCAAAGUCAAAUGGCCCUGAAUGAAAAAGCAGAAGUCCAUCUUGCCUCCUGCAUGUCUGUGAAAACCUUAGACAAAUUUUUACGAGAAGCAAACAAAUUACUGAUAACAUAGUUCGAUGGAUGAUCUGGGACCACUCAGAUCAGAGGAGAACAUGAUGAAGCUGACUUUAAUGCGUCUGUAACAGACCAAUAUAGGCCAUUAGGGAUGGGUAGGAGUGUCGGCGGGAGGUACGACCAAGAUGUUUAAACCCAAAAGACAAACCAAUACUAAUCUGAAUCUUUUCUUUCCCCUAGCAGCACCGUUCACGAUCUGAGCGACUCAGCAUGCCUGCUGACAUCACGGAGAGGCCAUUUUACAUAGGAUAACUUGUCGUUUUGCCACUUGGGGGCAUUCUCAUACUGAUGUGACACUUUAAAUGAAAAUGAAGAAUUGCCAUUGGUGAAAUCUGAAAUAUUUUGUGAUUGCCUAUGAAAAUGGGAAGCCCCUUGAUCUUUAUCUAAAUGUUGGUGAUGAACAUCGAUACAACUUCCUUGAUUCAAGAUAAAGAUUCUACGAAAUGAAUCUUGAGACUUUUUUAAAUGAUGGAAACCAUGAAUCUAUCUUGUCCCCAUCUGUGGAUGUUGUUGUCCAUUCAGAGCAAAGAUACCUCAGCAACCUCCUCUUUCUAUAGUCAAGGCAUGCUCCUGGAAUGCAGGGCUAGCAGAAUUGAUUGAGCUCUCGUAAGAAAGCCAAGUGGCUUUACACUCACAUCGCAGACUUCUACCAACAGUCCGUGUCAUACGCUGUACGCCCAGAGCCAGAAUUGAUAACUAGGGUGGCUCUAUAUUUUGUGAGCUGAACAAAUCAUUAAUACAAAAAAAUGGCCGUCGGUAGCAAGGUUGCGACCCCUGCCCCGGUAGCAUGCCUUUCUCCGUGUGAGUGUGUGUGUGUGUCUGGCUACAAUCAAAACUAUAUUAUCUGAGCUAAUUUCUAGGUUGCCAAAUUGACAUAUCGUAAGAUGUGUUAGCGUUGAGGAGAUGUCGGGAGAGAAGACACUACACACAUGGGAUAGGAGGCAAGACGCCAGAUCCGAGGAAUCAAGAUCGUACAUUUGUCGACAUCAUGAUGGAUCGGGCCCUUGAUGAUAAACAGAAAGCCUACCGACAACAGAUGGCAGAAAAGGCCAAGUCUGGAGACUUGAAGGUUAUCAACGGAUCAAAGGAAGCCGAGGCAAAACCCUCCAAAAGGCGGCGCUGGGAUCAAGCAGCCGACGACACACCAACAGAAAAGAAGAAGAAAUCCUCAUCGUCAUCAUCAAGUUGGGAUGCGGCAGAGGCUGGCACACCUUCACAGAAUCGCUGGGAUGAAACGCCCGGUCGAGCGAAAGGUAGCGAAACGCCGGGUGCCACUCCUGGAGCUAGUACGAGGAUGUGGGAGACAACGCCAGGGCAUGCUACGCCUGGUGCAGUCACCCCCGGGCGUGGAGAUACCCCUGGACAUGCCACACCUGGUCAUCAGGGCACCCCCAGUGCCAGGAGGAACCGAUGGGAUGAGACACCAAAGACAGAACGAGAGACCCCUGGUCAUGGCAGCGGAUGGGCCGAGACACCUCGCACAGAUCGUGUCGGUGGUGGAGAUCUUAUUGAAAGUACACCAACCCCCAGCGCCAGCAAGCGCCGCUCCCGAUGGGAUGAAACACCAGUGGCAUCAUCUGGCGGCAAUGCAACACCAGGAUCAAUGACUCCAGGUGGUAUGACCCCUGGCGGUCUCACUCCUGGUGGGUUGACUCCCGGAGGUCUGACGCCGGGCGGCAUGACUCCGACAGGAUUGACCCCAAGCGGCACCACACCAGCUGGCGCUAAAGCAAUGGGCAUGGCCACACCGACCCCUGGUCACCUGAUGAGCAUGACGCCUGAACAGAUGCAGGCAUACACGUGGCAGCGAGAAAUCGACGAACGAAACCGCCCACUCUCAGAUGAAGAGUUGGACCAAAUGUUCCCACCUGGGUACAAGGUUCUUCAGCCGCCACAAGGUUACGUUCCAAUUCGUACGCCUGCACGCCGUCUCACUGCGACUCCAACCCCAAUGGCUGGGACACCUGUGGGAUUCCGCAUGCAGACCCCGGAUAACAAGGUGCAGAUUGUGGACAUGCAGCCGAAGGGUAACCUCCCUAUGAUGAAGCCAGAUGAUAUGCAGUAUUUUGAUAAACUACUGGUCGAUGUGGAUGAAGAGAGCCUCUCCCCUGAGGAGCAAAAGGAGAGAAAGAUCAUGAAACUUCUCCUGAAAAUCAAGAACGGUACACCACCAAUGAGAAAGGCGGCUCUGAGACAGAUCACCGACAAGGCUCGGGAAUUCGGAGCUGGGCCACUUUUCAACCAGAUUCUGCCCUUGUUGAUGUCGCCGACCUUGGAAGACCAGGAGCGCCAUCUCUUGGUGAAAGUUAUUGACAGGAUCCUGUAUAAGUUGGACGACUUGGUGCGACCGUACGUGCAUAAGAUUCUUGUCGUGAUUGAGCCGUUGUUGAUUGAUGAAGAUUACUACGCUCGUGUCGAGGGCCGGGAAAUCAUCUCCAACUUGGCAAAGGCUGCAGGUCUGGCCACCAUGAUCUCCACCAUGCGACCUGAUAUUGACAACAUGGAUGAGUACGUGCGUAACACAACAGCUCGUGCCUUUGCCGUGGUUGCAUCAGCCCUGGGUAUCCCAUCGCUCCUACCAUUCUUGAAGGCCGUGUGUAAGAGUAAGAAGUCGUGGCAGGCUCGUCAUACCGGUAUCAAGAUCGUACAACAGAUCGCAAUCCUCAUGGGUUGUGCUAUCCUGCCGCAUUUGAAGAACUUGGUGGAGAUCAUUGAACACGGCCUCGUUGACGAACAGCAGAAAGUGCGUACCAUCACUGCCCUUGCCUUGGCCGCGCUUGCCGAAGCCGCCACUCCUUAUGGUAUCGAGUCCUUUGACAGCGUCCUGAAGCCUCUGUGGCGCGGUAUCCGUCAGCAUCGUGGUAAAGGUCUCGCCGCGUUCUUGAAGGCCAUUGGUUACCUCAUCCCGCUCAUGGAUGCCGAGUAUGCCAAUUACUAUACUCGAGAGGUGAUGUUGAUCUUGGUAAGGGAGUUCCAGUCGCCUGAUGAAGAGAUGAAGAAAAUUGUGUUGAAGGUGGUGAAGCAGUGCUGUGCCACUGAUGGUGUGGAGCCGCAGUACAUCAAGGAUGAGAUCUUGCCACCCUUCUUCAAGCAUUUCUGGAACCAGAGGAUGGCUCUCGACAGGAGGAACUACAGACAACUUGUGGACACGACCGUGGAGAUCGCCAACAAGGUCGGCGCAGCAGAAAUCAUCAACCGCAUCGUUGACGACUUGAAAGACGAGGCAGAGCAGUACCGUAAGAUGGUGAUGGAGACGAUUGAGAAGGUGAUGAGUAAUCUGGGUGCGGCGGAUAUCGACUCCCGGCUCGAGGAACAGUUGAUUGACGGCAUUCUGUAUGCAUUCCAGGAACAGACAACAGAGGAUGUCGUCAUGUUGAAUGGUUUUGGCAUGGUUGUGAAUGCGCUGAGUAAACGAGUCAAGCCCUACCUGCCCCAGAUCUGUGGUACCAUCCUGUGGCGAUUGAACAACAAGUCGGCAAAAGUGCGUCAGCAGGCUGCUGACCUCAUAUCAAAGAUUGCUGUUGUCAUGAAGACGUGCCAGGAGGAGAAACUGAUGGGUCACUUGGGUGUCGUACUCUAUGAGUACCUUGGAGAGGAGUACCCAGAGGUACUCGGCAGCAUUCUGGGCGCUCUCAAGGCGAUUGUGAACGUGAUCGGUAUGACCAAGAUGACACCACCCAUCAAAGAUCUCUUACCGCGGCUCACUCCCAUCCUCAAAAACAGGCACGAGAAAGUCCAAGAGAAUUGCAUUGACUUGGUUGGCAGGAUCGCCGAUCGUGGAUCAGAAUUCGUCUCCGCUAGAGAGUGGAUGAGGAUCUGUUUUGAAUUGUUAGAACUCUUGAAAGCACACAAGAAAGCCAUCAGGAGAGCCACUGUCAAUACGUUCGGUUACAUCGCCAAGGCUAUUGGUCCACACGAUGUCUUGGCCACACUUCUCAAUAACUUGAAAGUCCAGGAACGACAGAAUCGUGUCUGUACGACCGUUGCCAUAGCUAUUGUCGCCGAAACGUGCUCACCGUUCACAGUGUUGCCUGGACUCAUGAACGAGUAUCGUGUGCCCGAGCUGAAUGUUCAAAAUGGUGUUCUGAAGUCUUUAUCGUUUAUGUUUGAAUAUAUCGGUGAAAUGGGGAAGGAUUAUAUCUAUGCGGUGACACCACUUCUCGAGGAUGCUCUCAUGGACAGAGACCUUGUACAUCGACAGACUGCCAUGGCAGCCAUCCAGCAUAUUGCCCUCGGUGUUUACGGCUUCGGCUGCGAGGAUGCCCUCGUCCAUUUAUUAAAUUACGUCUGGCCGAAUAUAUUCGAGACGUCACCUCAUGUUGUCCAAGCUUUCAUGGGAGCGGUGGAAGGCAUCCGAGUCGGCCUUGGACCAAACAAACUUUUACAAUAUGCUUUGCAGGGUCUCUUUCACCCGGCAAGAAAAGUGCGGGACGUGUACUGGAAGGUGUACAACACGAUAUACAUUGGUGCACAAGACGCGAUGGUCCCGUCAUAUCCGCGCAUCGCAAACGACGAGAAAAAUUCAUACAUCCGAUACGAACUGGACUAUGUUAUUUAGUGAAGGUCGAUGUGACAUUGUAAAUACGUGUAUUGGUCGUUUCAUGGACUUUCAAAGAAGGUUUACAAGAGUGUCUUUAGCCAAAGGUAUCUGAAAGAAACAAAAAAAAAGCCAGCAGAAUCGAAAUAAGCAUUUCUCUGUACUUAAUAGGUAAGAUUACCUUGGCUGAUUUCAUUCAGCCUUCAACAUAGAUUCACUGAGAUGCAUUUCCCUGUGUAAACUACUGAUCAACACGGUUGUGAAUGUUACUCCAGCUCUUCAAGUCUUGUGUUCAAAGACCAGCUGUGUGGGAGUGCAAUCCCUUUGUUUAACUCUGUAAUUAGACUGAUGGCUUUAUCAGUAUAUCACGUAGUCACCUUAAGUUGGCUGUAAAUACUGUCAGGUGUACUUACCUUACCUCAGAAGCCAUCCUGCAGAAUGUUGUUUACAUGUAUCGUAUAAUUGUUCCCCAAUACACACACAUUCUGUAUCACAUUUUGGCCCUCAUUCUAUGUAUCCCUGGUUCAGAAGUCCUGUGUCGAGAAAAUAAACAUGCAUAAAAAGACCAA